UUUAAAAGUCAUUACUCAUCUUCUUUUUAUUUUUUUAUUCAGAUGUUCACUGGUCUUCAUGAUAUUCUGAUAAUAUUAUUUCUUCUGGUGACGCUUAAAAUUGCACAAAAUGUAGAUCAUACCAAAUUCCUUCAAAAAUAUGGCUACUUGACAAGUGGAGAUAAUCAGUUAAGCUCCGAAUCAUUAUCAGACGCAUUGAAAAACAUGCAAAGAAUGGCUGGAUUAGAAGAAACGGGUGAACUUGAUGAAAGAACAAUACAAAUGAUGGAAAGACCGAGAUGUGGACAUCCUGAUGUGGAAGAUCAUCAGAAGUCGCGAGGAAAACGUUAUGCACCUCCACAAUUCAAAUGGAAAGAAAAGAUUAUUACAUAUGGAUGCAAAGCAGUUGGAACUUCAACACGAAUCUCUCUAGAUGACUUGAGACGGACGAUGCAUCAAGCAGCUUCUCAGUGGAGCGAACUUGCAGAUGUGGAGAUUGUGGAGUCGUCGGUCAAGAACCCGAUGAUGGUCAUUUCCGCUGGGCGAGAAAAUCAUUACCCUUGUACUGUACGCUUUGACACAAAAACAUUGGCUCACGCUUUCUUCCCGACAAAUGGUCAAAUUCACAUCAAUGACAGAGUUCAAUUUGCAAUGACUAAUUACACAGAACGAAUGGGCGCAAACUCUCUUUACUCAGUAGUUGCUCAUGAAAUGGGACAUGCACUUGGAUUCAGUCAUAGUCCGGAUAUUGAUAGUGUGAUGUUUGCAUAUGAUACACCAAGGAAGUGGAAGUUUACUUCAAUGGAUAAAUAUAAUAUGCGAUCUUAUUAUGGGGCAAAAGCUUCAAAAAAAGAAAAUGAAGAAGAAGAAAGAAAAACUGAAAAUGAGGAUAAGAGACGGAAAACUGAGAAAGAUAGAGGUAGAACACGGGAACAUGAAUCUGAUGAUAUUCGACCAAAUGAGUGUAGAGUGGAAAAUCCGAUUGUUGUGCAGUAUCGAGGAGAAUAUUUGAUUUUUAAGAGUCAAUGGGUUUGGCGUGUAUCGUCUGAUUGGAAGCGUCUUAUAAUUAAAGCAGUUCCAAUUAAUCAAUUAUUUCCCGGACUACCAAAUCCGAUUGAUGCUGCCGUCACUGUUGGGCACAAUCUUUGGGUUUUUGUUGGAGAAAUGAUUUAUGUCAUCUAUGGAAAUCACAUGGUUCACGCACCUCUUCGACUUUCGGAUAUCGGAAUUAAUGAGAAAUACGUGGAUUUGGCUUAUGAGUGGCAUUAUUUCAAUCCGCCUGCUGUAUACAUUUGGAAAGGAUCUCGAUAUUGGAAAUUAGACGAGAAAAUGUAUCAUCGAAGAGUUGAUGAAAGGUAUCCAAAAGAUACUGAUCUGAAUUGGGCGAGAGUUCCAAAAGGAGUACAUUCUGCCUUCACUUAUGAAAAAGAAAUUCAUCUUCUACGUGGAAAUCAAGUUUUUCGAAUGAAUUCAUCCCGAUCUGUAUUUGAUAUUGCUGAUGGAUAUCCCCAACCUUUACAAUCUUUUUUCGGAUUCUGCCCUCGCAAUGAGAAGCUUGUUCUGAAUUCUUCUUCUUCACAUUUUUCUUUGAUCUAUGCAACAAUUACUAUUUUGAUACUCAUCUUUUAAGAUUUAAAUCUCUCAAUGGCAGAUUCACUUGUAAAAACAGCACUGAAAUGGGUUUUAUUUAAAGUUUUAACUUGUUAUUUUAACUGGUGAAUACAAAAAAUUAUUAAAAAUAAAUGUGAUGAAACAUGAAA